GUUUACUCCUGUGACUGAUACGGGGUUGGCGCUAGGACCCGGGAGGCGCCGCCGCGCAGCAGCGGUUGGGAGGUGUUGUGGAAGAAAAGGCAAAGAGAGAGAAACGGAGUAAAUGAGAGCACUUCUGUCCACAUUGUUGAAGGACUUAUCAACUCCAAACACUCUCGAAACACCCCACUAUAAUGAGACGGACACACUGUUGAGCUCCUGUCCAGGUUACCACCAUUGAAAAGGCAGCUGUAAACCUCAGGACCCCAUCUCCAGGCUCCUGCCAGGGCUGAGUUAAGGAAGCAGAGUUGUGUCUCUCCCUGUGGGAAACCUGGAUCCUUCAUCUAGUCCACCAACAUGACCAAUGUGGUGAUUGUCAAGGAGGGAUGGCUGCAUAAAAGAGGAGAAUACAUCAAGACCUGGAGGCCAAGGUAUUUUCUUCUUAAGAGUGAUGGUACGUUUAUCGGUUACAAGGAGCGACCACAAGAUGUGGACCAGCUGGAAACCCCCUUAAAUAACUUCUCUGUAGCACAAUGCCAGCUGAUGAAGACGGAACGGCCCAAGCCCAACACAUUCAUCAUCCGCUGCCUGCAGUGGACCACUGUCAUCGAGCGCACCUUCCACGUGGAGACCCCCGAGGAAAGGGAAGAAUGGACCAAAGCCAUCCAGGCAGUAGCUGAAGGCCUUCACAAACAAGAGGAGGAGAUGAUGGACUCUUCUCCAGACCCCAUGGACAUGGAGGUCUACCUGACCAAACCCAGACACAAAGUGACUAUGCACGACUUUGAAUACCUCAAACUCCUGGGAAAAGGAACUUUUGGCAAAGUUAUUCUGGUAAAGGAGAAGGCCACAGGACGCUACUAUGCCAUGAAGAUCCUAAAGAAGGAGGUGAUCGUAGCGAAAGAUGAAGUGGCACACACACUCACAGAAAACAGAGUCCUCCAGAAUUCAAAACAUCCGUUCUUGACUGGACUGAAAUACUCCUUCCAAACACACGACCGCCUGUGUUUUGUAAUGGAGUAUGCAAACGGCGGCGAGCUUUUCUUCCAUCUGUCAAGAGACCGUGUGUUCUCAGAAGAGCGAGCUCGGUUCUACGGUGCAGAGAUAGUGUCGGCACUGGACUACCUGCAUGCUGAGAGAAAUGUGGUUUAUCGAGACUUAAAGCUGGAAAACCUCAUGCUGGACAAAGACGGACACAUAAAGAUCACAGACUUUGGUUUGUGUAAGGAGGGCAUCAAAGAUGGUGCCACUAUGAAAACUUUCUGUGGGACACCAGAGUACCUGGCGCCUGAGGUCCUGGAAGACAACGACUAUGGCCGUGCUGUGGACUGGUGGGGUCUCGGGGUGGUGAUGUACGAGAUGAUGUGCGGCAGGCUGCCUUUCUACAACCAGGACCACGAGAAGCUGUUUGAGCUCAUCCUCAUGGAGGACAUCCGCUUCCCUCGGACCCUCGGCCCAGAGGCUCGUUCGCUGCUCUCUGGUCUUCUGAAGAAAGACCCCAUGCAAAGGUUAGGUGGAGGGCCUGAUGAUGCAAAGGAAAUCAUGCAGCACAAGUUUUUUGCUGGGAUCAAUUGGCAAGACGUUUAUGAGAAGAAGCUGGUCCCGCCGUUUAAGCCCCAAGUUACCUCAGAGACGGACACACGAUAUUUUGACGAGGAGUUCACAGGACAAACCAUCACGAUUACGCCACCCGGACAAGAUAUCAGUAUGGAGCCCUUUGACAGCGAGCGACGACCCCACUUCCCCCAGUUUUCCUACUCUGCCAGUGGGACAGCCUAAAACGACUCAAAACAUUCCUCUGGUCCCACAAUUCCCACCACC